GUCCAGCCACGUGUAUGGUGCAACGCAAGCUGGACCGAUUCCGAAGAGAACACAGUAGAUGGAAUAAAUAACAAGAGUGAAGGACAUCCGGUGAUCUGAUAAGAGUGAAUCCCUCGCAUUGAUAAUUAGGAAGUGAAAUAAAAAUUAGAGACGGCAAGAUGAACUCCGUAAUGACAGCUAAAGAGAUUCGCCAGGCUUUUAUAGAUUUUUUCAAAUCGAAAAAUCAUGAAUAUGUUCACUCCAGCGCAACCAUACCUCAUGACGAUCCAACAUUAUUGUUUGCCAAUGCCGGGAUGAAUCAGUUCAAGCCAAUAUUUCUUGGCACUGUCGAUCCCAAUAGCGACAUGGCUAAAUGGGUCCGUGUGGUGAAUACGCAGAAAUGUAUUAGGGCCGGAGGUAAGCACAAUGAUUUGGACGAUGUAGGAAAAGAUGUAUAUCACCAUACUUUCUUUGAAAUGAUGGGAAACUGGUCGUUUGGUGAUUAUUUUAAGAAAGAAAUUUGUGCCUGGGCUUGGGAACUACUUACAGAGGUUUUCAAGUUGCCUAGCGAUCGCUUAUAUGUUACUUAUUUUGGCGGCGAUGAGCAGUCUGGGCUUAAGCCUGACGAAGAAUGUAAACAGAUCUGGCUCUCACUAGGGGUUCCACCUUCACACGUUCUACCUGGCAGUAUGAAAGACAAUUUUUGGGAAAUGGGAGAAACUGGACCUUGCGGUCCAUGCAGUGAAUUACACUUCGACCGUAUCGGUGGUCGGGAAGUUCCUCAUCUCGUCAAUAUGGAUGAUCCAGAUGUUCUGGAAAUAUGGAAUCUUGUCUUUAUACAAUUCAACAGAGAGUCGGAUGGUAGUCUUCGUUCCUUACCUAAAAAACAUAUAGAUUGUGGACUUGGUCUGGAGCGUCUUGUUUCCGUGAUUCAAGGGAAGAGAGCUAAUUACGAUACUGACUUGUUUAUGCCACUCUUUGACAUGAUUCAAAAAGGAACUGGAGCUCGUACCUAUCAGGGUAAAGUUGGCAGUGAGGAUACAGAUGGCAUUGAUAUGGCUUACAGAGUAUUAGCAGAUCAUGCCAGGACUAUUACAAUUGCCUUGGCAGAUGGUGGCAUGCCUGACAAUACCGGCAGAGGAUAUGUAUUGAGAAGAAUUCUUCGACGUGCUGUUCGAUAUGCAACUGAAAAGCUAAAUGCUAAACCUGGAUUCUUUGGUUCUUUGGUGAAUACUGUCGUUGAUCUGCUUGGUGACGUUUUUCCUGAAGUUAGAAAGGACCCGCAAUCAAUAAUUGAUGUAAUCAACGAGGAAGAGCAACAAUUUCUAAAAACUUUAUCCAGAGGAAGAAAUUUGCUAAAUAGAACAAUGGCAAAGCUCGAAGCUACAAACGUUGUUCCGGGUGACGUUGCCUGGCGUCUCUACGAUACUUAUGGAUUUCCAGUUGACUUGACGCAGCUUAUGACUGAGGAAAAAGGUCUGACCAUAGAUAUGAAAGGCUACGAAGAAGCCAAGAAGCAAGCACAGUUGUUGUCUCAAGGCAAAGCUGGAGGAGUAGACGAUCAAAUCAAUCUGGAUGUCCAUGCUAUCACAGAAUUACAAAAUCAAGGCGUAAAGCCGACCAAUGAUAGCCAUAAGUAUAACUACAAAGCAAAGUCUUCUGAUAAAAAUGCUGAAUAUGAGUUUGCGUCGUGUGUUGGCACUGUAAUUGCGCUUCGAUUUGCCAAACAGUUUGUUGAGCAAGUGACUUCAGGUCAAGAAGUUGGAGUUCUGCUUGAUCAGACCAACUUCUAUGCUGAACAAGGUGGACAAAUAUACGAUGAAGGAUUUUUAGUAAAAGUCGGAGAUGAGAGCACGGAGGUUUGCAUAAAAAAUGUCCAAGUUAGAGGUGGCUACGUUCUGCACAUUGGCACUGUGGGUGAAGGAAUCCUGAAGAAGGGUGAUAAAGUCAACCUGAAUGUUGACACGGCUAGGAGGAGAUUGAUUAUGAGUAAUCAUACUGGAACUCAUGCCCUUAACUAUGCCCUCCGUACCGUUUUAGGAUGGGAAGCUGACCAAAAAGGAUCUCUUGUUGCACCAGAUAGAUUACGCUUUGAUUUUACCAACAAAGGUGCUAUGACUGUUGAGCAAGUUAAGCAAACGGAGAUUAACACAAAGCAGCUGAUUCAGCGCAAUAACCCAAUCUAUGCUAAAGAAAGUGGUUUAGCAAUUGCAAAAACUAUUCAAGGACUACGUGCUAUGUUUGAAGAGACAUAUCCUGAUCCUGUCAGAAUUAUCAGUAUUGGAAUACCUGUAGAAGAAUUGGAAAAAAAUCCUCUAAGCACUGCUGGUACUAAGACUAGCGUUGAAUUCUGUGGAGGAACUCAUUUACAUCAUGCCGGACAUAUCGGUGACUUUGUAAUCGCAAGUGAAGAAGCCAUUGCUAAGGGAAUUAGAAGAAUUGUGGCUCUGACAGGCCCUGAGGCAACAAAAGCACUGAAGAAAGUUGAGCUUUUAGAAAAUGAGUUAAAUAAAAUAAAAUCAAUUAUUGAAGCAGAUAAAACUGGAGUAAAAUCUAAGGAGCAUGUAAAAGCAAUUGUUGAUUUAACAGAGGAUGUGUCACAUGCGAUUAUUCCUUACUGGAAAAAGGAUGAGAUGAGAAACACUUUGAAGACUCUCAAGAAAUCCAUCGAUGAUAAAGAACGUGCAGCUAAAGCUGCUGUUGCUAAUUUAGUAGUUCAGAAAACUGCUGAUCUAAUUAAACGAAACGUUGGAGUUGCUGUUCUAGUUGAAUUAUUGGAAGCUUACAGUAACACAAAAGCGCUUGAUUCAGCUUUAAAACAAGUCAAAUCUUUAUCUCCAGAAACGAGUGCUCUUUUCUUCAGCGUCGACAAUGAUGCUAAAAAGAUUUUUGCUCUAAGUGCUGUACCAAAGUCUGCAGUAGCCAAAGGACUGAAAGCUAAUGAAUGGAUACAAGCAGUAGCUCCGCUAAUGCAAGGGAAGGGCGGGGGCAAACCUGAGUCAGCUCAAGCUUCAGGCCCAAAUUUUUCAUGUUUGAAUGAAGCAUUGGAAACUGCAAAGUCUUUUGCAAAUUCGAAACUGGGCAUCCCAUCUGGCGGUACUGAGCUUAUGAAAAAAGAUGCAUAUAGCAGUAAUGUUGAAGGACCAACACUUUAUGCAACCAGUGGAAAUAUUAAAAGCUACCGAGGUCAAAUAGCUGCUAGAUAUAGUGGCAAGAAAAUAACUUUUGAAUUUGUCACGAAAAAAGAAAACGUUGAUGUAGUUCUAAAAGAUAAUAGCGUAAUUCUCCGAGAUGCUAACGCAAUUGCUUUUUAUUUGUCAAAUGAUCAGUUGAAAGGUGCGAAAAAUGUGUUUGCUGAAAGUGAGGUGAUUCAAUGGAUGAGCUACGCUGAUAAUCAUAUCCUUCCGGCAGUAUUGGGAUGGGUUUUACCAAGUAUCGAUUCCUCUACAGCUGUGAAUUCAAACAAGUUAUCUAAGAUUGCUCAAGAAGAUUGUAAAAAAGUGCUGAAUAGUCUAAACAUUAUUCUGUUAACAAAGACGUAUUUAGUUGGGGAAAAAAUUACAUUGGCUGAUAUCGCAGUGUUUACAUCAUUUUUACCACUCUAUGAACACGUCUUUGAUCCAGAGUCCAGAAAACCGUAUCAAAACGUGAACCGAUGGUUUCUAACUAUUUUACAUCAACCUGAAGUACAAGAGAUUGUUAAAAGCUUCAAGAUUUGUGAUAAAAUAGUAAAGAAUCACGGUGAUUCUAAGAAAAUAAAUAAUUAAAAUAAUUGCAACAUUUGAUUUGAAACAGAGUUUUUGAAUGUUUAUUUUUCGUACCAUUCAUUAAAUACUAUUUAUUAAAUUUAACUUUUAUUUUUGUAUUCGAAUCUGGUACAAGCCUUAAAACUACUGUUUCACCAAGCGUGGUUGGUAUUUCUUAGUGGACUUAAACAAUCAUUGUAUUAUGGAAAGAUACGUUAUAUUUUGAAAAAGACUUUUCAUCAGUGAGUACAGAUUACCGAUAGUGCAAUCUGAUACAAUUUGUCAAAAAAUUGUGAACUUAUAAUAAAAUGUUUAUUAAAUACCAUCCACUGUUA